AAACGAAUGACACUUGAAAUGUGCACAGAAUCAUGUCAUGGACACCGGUACCUGGGAUUACAAAACUCUAAUGAGUGCUUUUGUGGCGAUUCUUUAGGCGAUCCAGGUGUUUACAAAAAGAAAAAUGAAAACCAAUGUAAUAAACCAUGUCUAGGGAAUUCGGCACAAAUGUGUGGUGAUGCCUGGCGCAAUUCUGUUCAUGAAUUCAUAACAGCAACAAUACCACCUACAAUCAUGACAACGGGAGAGCAAUCAACUGUGGCAAUUGCAGAAAUGACAACCAAGAGACAAUCAGUAACGACAGCAGAACUUAUAACACUUGGUCAAUCAGAAAUCACAACUACCGACAUGUCAACACAACUAGAAUGCCUAUGUCCCUGUUCUACGAUUAGAAAAGGCAAAUGGGAUUUCUUAAGAGGAAUGAAUCUUACUCUUGAUCAAUUAAGAGAAGUAAUGAAGCCAGAACUAGACUUAAUGAAGAAAAAAAUGAGUGUCAACAAAUCCAACACGACCCGGAUGCAUCGAUCAAAGAUAUCGGCUUCAGAUGAUCGUAUAUCGGCGACAUCCGUAGGAUAUGUUGGAGUCGUCUUCAUUUGUCUUAUUACUGUUUGUAUUGUUUUUAUUGACAUACUCGGCUGCUUUGUAGCCAAAUUAAAAAGACAUGUUUGAUUAC